CAGAGGCACGGUGGCACCCCUCACUCCCAAGGGAAAUCCAAAAGCCCUGUUCCUGGUUAACCUGGCAAGGCAAUCUUUCUACCUGGAGGUACACAAGCAAAGCAAUCUGGAGCUUCACACACACACGUCUCUCUGAGUCUGCCCACUUUAAAUCUCGGUGGAUUCCCCCGCUUACACCACACCUGGACUGCCACCUAAAUAAAGCUGCUCCCCCUCCUCUCCAUGUUCCCAACCGUGCUCGCCCAGUAGCUGGGUUAGCUCAGUCGCUUCACCACUACCGACAUUGCAAAUAACGACGAACUCGUCUCUCGCCAUUUGUCCCAAGUCCGCAUCAGGCUAUGCUCUGCAUCCCUAUAACCACCAGCCAUCAUCACCACCACACACAAAACCAAAAGAUGCACGUGCUCCGAAGUUUCCGGAGCCAUAAAGGUCUCAGGUCCGGCCACUCGUCCGGCGAGGUCCAGCACGCCAGACACCCAAGCGACGCUUCAUCCAUGGAUUCCCGCUCCUCCACCACCAGCAGCAACGGGAGGAUGGUCGAACUCGAUUUCAACCCCCUGAGGUGCCAUCCACCCGACCUCACCUUCACUCAUCGGCCAUCUCUGGGGAAUAUCACUGAGGACGAGCUUGACCAUCGACCAGUCCGGCCCUCGCGCAGUCUGCCCGGGCCACAUCACACUCAGCAUCACUACACGACGACGCCACGUGUACAUCACCACUCCCACCAGCCAACCUCGCCAACCUCGCCAACAACCAUCAUCUACCACGGCUUCGACUUUGGCUUCGAUCAAAAUAAGCCAACACCACCAUCAGCUCCAGCACACCAUUCAGCAGGCGUGGCAACGCCUUCUUCUCCCACGCCGAGCACCGACAGCUUCAGCAGCAGCUUCAGCAGCAGCUUCAGCACCGCCAGCAGCGACUCAAUGGAAUCGAACUACUGUGCCGGCCUAGCAGCGGCACCACAGCCUCGUCAUCAGCGUCCUCAAAAGGAGGUCUCAGAAGCAAUGACUCGGCCACGAGGCUUGAGUGCCGCCGAUGAUUUCAUCAAGAGAGGUGGCUGGAAGAGGAGAGGCGUCAUCUUUGAGUUGGACGUGCCGAUGGCUGAUGACGAAGAGUGCUUUGAUCUUGAUAUGGAUUGAAGUUGGGAUCUGAUAUCUCGCCCUCUCUUCCUCUCUAGCUCUCGCUCCUUAACCACUCAUUCCCUCUAUCCCGUACCAUGCUGUGUUGUUCUUCACUUCAUACUUCACUUCUUAUCCAGCCUCUUACAACAUGCUUAGGGGUGGACUGUAUUACCUCACGCAACCCUUUUGUCGUUUUCACCUUAACCUGUACCUUUUUUUUUCGACAACAACAACAACAACAACAACAAUAAUACCUUCUGUCGUUAACACAACCUCACUCUUUUCCUUUGUCAACAUCAAACAUCAU